GCGCUCGCGCCGCGGUAGCCCGGAACCCGUGUGCCUAGCGGCGGCCUUGCUCCCCUGUGCCGCCACCUGCCGCGCUCCGGCCGGCGCGGAUGCAGCUGCUCCGCCUGGGCUCGCGCUCGGGGCUGGAGGAGGAGCGGCGGCGCCGGGCGGGCGGCAUGCGAUGGGGAACUGCUGCUGGACGCAGUGCUUCGGGCUGCUCCGCCGGGAAGCGGGUCGGCUGCAGCGAGCGGGCGGAGGGUCCAAGUAUUUUAGAACAUGCCCAAGAGGAGAGCACUUGACAAUAGAGUUUGAGAAUCUCGUAGAGAGUGAUGAAGGGGAGAGCCCAGGAAGCAACCAUAGGCCACUUACUGAGGAAGAAAUUAUUGACUUGCAAGAGAGGCAUUAUGAUUCAAUCGCUGAGAAACAGAAAGACGUGGAUAGGAAAAUCCAGAGGGAGUUAGCCUUACAAGAGGAGAAGUUAAGACUAGAAGAAGAAGCUUUAUACGCUGCCCAGCGUGAAGCAGCCAGGGCAGCAAGGCAGCGAAAGCUCCUGGAGCAAGAAAAGCAGAGAGUUACACAGCACUAUCAUCCUAGCAGUGGAGACUAUCACAGUACAGGACCAGAAGAUGACUUUGAAUCUUGUUUGAGAAAUAUAAAGUCGCAGUACGAAGUUUUUCGAAGUAGCAGACUCUCAUCUGACGCCACAGUAUUGACACCAAAUACUGAAAGCAGCUGUGACUUAAUGACCAAAACCAAAUCAACUAGUGGGAAUGACGACAGCACCUCCUUAGAUCUGGAGUGGGAAGAUGAAGAAGGAAUGAAUAGGAUGCUGCCCAUGAGAGAGCGUUCAAAGACAGAGGAAGACAUCCUUCGGGCAGCACUGAAGUACAGCAGCAAGAAGGGUAGCAACCCCACAUCCGCCUCUGAUGAUUCCAAUGGGCUGGAGUGGGAGAACGACUUUGUCAGUGCUGAGAUGGAUGACAAUGGCAAUUCUGAGUACUCUGGGUUUGUAAACCCUGUAUUAGAACUGUCAGAUUCUGCCACCAAGCAGUCUGAUACGGAUCAACAGAUCCGAUAGGAUGAAAUUGUGUGACCUCACUUACCAAAUGUUAAACGUCACCCACCCAGAAUGUGCAGAUGGGCACUGAGCCCCUUUUUGUGAGGCGGCACAGGAGCUGAGUGCUUCCGUCAAGUGUGGUCUGAGCAUCUGCCUUCUGUGUCCUAGGACUGACUCGGUGAUCGCACAUAUCAAACACUCACUCAUGGAUUUCUUGUUCUCCCUGGUCAAGUUCUGCAUCUUAAAUCAUAUUUGUUUUACUUUGACUGCUUUACUAAGCCUAUUUUACUGUUGAAAUGAGUACCUAAAGGUAUUUUUUUGUUAAUUCUUAGCAGAUGUAAAGGCAGCAUGAGGAGAGAUGGUUGAAUUCAUUUUGAAGGCUGGUCCCUUUUCCAGCAUCAUUUACUUUGAUGACUUCCUUUAAUUUUGUUGUCUAGUAGUCAGUGGUUAAUUGGAGGUGACCCCAAAGCAUGCUAAUGUAUGGGUUUCUUUCCACAUCUAUCAUAUACACAUAUGUUAAUUGGAUGUUCAUUCAAUCUGCAUAAAAUAUUAAUAGGAUUAGAGAAGCUUCCAGAGUUUGUACACUUUGAGUUGGUAAUAAUUAAAAAAUAAUAUUUAAUAUAAAUUUAAAAUUUUUACUUCCUUCUAUAUGCCACCAUAUUGGCUUUAAAUUGAGGUCUUAAGUUUUUACUUUCAUUUUUUAAAUUCUGUGUUUCCAGUGAAUGAUCUUUGAAAGAUUUUACACAGAACAUAUCCUGUGAAUGAUUUAAGAAAAUAAAAUACGGGUAUUUCAAAGUAAAUAAAAUCCUUUCUGAUAGGAAAGGUCCCAUUGAUUGUAUUGCCCUUUACUUUGCCUUGUAGUACAAGGUGCUUUGUGGGAUGGAGCUAAUGUGUCAGUGUAUUGACAGCCUGUGUCUGUGAAUCCGUACGAGAGACCAGGGCCUGGAAAUACGCCCUAACUGAAAUCCUGGCUUUGGCUAAGGAGUGAGUGUCACUUUGGCAAGCAUACUGUAUCUGUCUCCCUUGCUGUCUUUGUUCUGUACAGCAGUGAUGGUGCAUGCUCUGAAUAGUACAGGAAGGUCCAGGUAGAGAUAGUAAGGUUCUUGCUGUACGUGAAAAAUUGUGUGACCCUUUCAAUAUUUGAACUGCUAUACAAUGACAUCUGUAAUUUUGUCAUUUUUUAAUCUCAUAGAAAUAAAUAUACUUUGAUAUGUAAAUACACAUUAGGUUAUGCUAUUAUUUAUAUGUCUUAAAAUUUAAAUUAUAGUUGUGUCAUGGGAAUAAUUUAAAAGUACUCUCUAUAUUCACAUUGCCUGUGUUAAUGCUUUUUAAGGUUUAUAUUACAUCAGAUGUAUAUUUUUGGUUUGGCAUAAGCUUACUGUUGUAAUUUUUUGGCUUUUUGUUCAUAAAGAAUUUUCUGAAGGAAUGGUAACUUCUCAAGGAUUGUGAAUAAACAUUUUUACAUUUAACUGUA